CUGCUGCGCCUUUGCCCUUCGCAGUGCAAGCCGUUCCUGUGCCCGGUCCCGACCCUCGAGCCUCGGGUGGGCCAGCUCCGGACCACCAUGUCGGACCAAGCUUUUGUAACGCUGGCCACAAACGACAGCUACGCUAAAGGAGCUCUGGUUCUCGGCCAGUCGUUACGAAAUUACAACACAAGCAAGAAACUGGUGGUAUUGGUAGGACCUCAUGUUGCAGAGCCUUGCAGAGAAGCACUCCGCUCCAUCUUUGAUGAGGUGUUUGUGGUGAAUCUCAUGGAUUCGGGCGAUGGUGCCAAUCUGGCCCUGAUGAAGCGACCAGACCUGGGAGUAACAUUCACCAAACUGCACUGCUGGACUUUGACACAAUACAGCAAAUGUGUGUUCAUGGAUGCAGACACAAUGGUGCUGGCCAACGUAGACGAACUCUUUGAGAGGGAGGAGUUAUCUGCAGCUCCAGAUCCUGGUUGGCCAGACUGUUUCAACUCCGGAGUUUUCGUCUUCAGGCCGUCCAAUGAGACGUAUGAACAGCUGAUCACUUUCUGUGCUGAAAACGGCAGCUUUGAUGGUGGAGAUCAGGGAAUUCUCAACAGUUUCUUUGACACCUGGGCAACGGCAGACAUUUCCAAACAUCUUCCCUUCAUCUACAACCUCAGCAGCAUCGCAAUCUACUCCUACCUUCCAGCUUUCAAACAGUACGGCCAUAACGCAAAAGUUGUUCACUUCCUGGGCAAAGUAAAGCCAUGGAACUACUCCUACGAURCCCAGAGAGGUGAGGUCAAAGGUCACUCUGUGCCGCCCGACCAGUGCCAGAUGCACCCUGACUUCCUGCUCAGGUGGUGGCAGCUGUACGCCAGAGCUGUGCUGCCCCUGUUGCAGAAAUCCUACGGAGACGCCCCCUUCAACAGCGGCUUCGUGGACCCAAGCAGUCAUGAGAAACUCGAUGAGGACGUGAGAGAGCAGCCACAGCCCCCUCCUCCUCCUCCUCCUCCCCCCUCUCUGAAGAUCUCCUCAGAGGAGAGGAAGCAGCGCUGGGAAGCGGGCCAGAUCGACUACAUGGGCGACGACUCCUUCUUCCACAUCGAACAAAAACUUAACUCCUUCCUCAAGUAGUGGCUGGUGGAGUGUGACGGACACCAGUUGAUGUGUGAGGUUGUGUGUGUGUGUGUGUGUGGGAGGGAGUCACUACCGUUCAGCUUUACAGAGCUUUAUUAGCAGGAGACUGGAUGGUGUUUAUUCUCUGCACUCGGUCAGGGUGUAAAGACUAGAAGUUUGUCAAAGUUCCUGUGCACCCUGUAGUCGUUUUACACGUUAGGAAACCGUUUUCUUGCUCGCAGUUGGACGUCUGUGUUGUAAGAAGCUGCCCACCAACAGCUAGCUAACUUGGGGAACUGCAGCUCUGUUUUUGGUCUCAGUACUACCACAGGGUUUGGAGCCACUCUGAAGAAAUAGUUUUUUUUUUCCCUCGAGGUUUUGAGAUUAACAUAUAAAUAUUGARAUUGAAGAGUAAAUAUUGACAAAAUGUGUUCACAUUUUUUUUGACAGAAAAAAGUUAAAAUCUUAUCGACAGGUCUUUGUGGAGUCGUGCACUCUUCAAGUGCUUCUAGUUUAUUUUUCUGACUUAUGGGUGCACUUUUACAGGGUUAACUACAAAAUAGCACACGAUUUUAGCUGAGGCAAUCUGAGGUGUAGUUUAUUAUUCUCUCAUUUGAGUCCUUCACAAUAAGACUCAACACCAACCUAGUUCUAUUGUCUUUAAAUGUCAAAMGUUUAUGAAAAGAGCUUAUAUUGUUGCUUUUCUAUAAAAUGCAAACUGUAGCCUAGAUCAGACUAUUCACAUUUAGACUAUUUAGAAGUCAACACUAAGUUGRUGUAAUUGAGGCUUUUAUUGUGAAGGAUUAAACAAGUUCUGAGAGCUACUGCAGCGGGAAAAAACACACUUUGGUCUUGUUCAACUAAAUUAUGUAGGUUAGUUAGAAAAGUAAAAAUUUAUUCAUUGCUGCGGAAAAGAUUUAGUGUGUGUGUGUGUGUGUGUGUGUGUGUGUGUGUGUGUGUAACUCUGUUUAGGAUUCUGACUACUGCAGAAUUGGUGGAGAUUUUUUUUACUUUGAUCUCAGAAUUCUAAGGAAAAAAGUAUUUUCCUUUUCCUUAGAAUUCUUAGAUCAAAGAAAUUUGGAUUUUUUUUAAAAUCAGAAUUCCAAGAUCAAAGUCAGAAUUAAAAAAAAUUAUUAUUUUUUUCCCCGUCUAUGGCCCUAAUUAUUUUCCCUACACAGCCAUAAAGAAUAACAACAAAGGAAUCAAUGUUUGGUAAAGCUAAGUGAGGCUCAUUUUGUCUGGCUUAUUUUUUAAAUUAUUUUCAUCUCUGAAUGUUGCAACUAUUUUCCAUCAAUAAAAUUGGAACUUUAAUCUUGACAUUUACACUCAGAACCGUCCUUAGUGGCCCAAAUACUCUGUUGUAUUGCACUUUAGAUGCUACUGUAAGUUACUUGUGGACAAAAAAAGUUGUUUUUGAUCUUAGCACUUUAGUUGUCACUCUAACAUAAUUACAAAACAUUUGCUUGCAGUGACUCAAUCAAUUCCAGUCUAUAAUUACUCAAAUUUAUCAUUCCAAAAAAUCCCCAUGUCUCCAUGUUUGCUCUUCUUGAAGUCACUUUUUACAAAGUAGCAUCUGUUUUCAUUCAUACAGUGAAAUGUUUAAGUUAAUUUUGUGCUAAUCUAAGCUARCUAGCUGGUUGUGGUGGGAUAGUAAACGGUAAACACCUCCCUUAUCACUUUGACAUGUAACCACAUCCUGAUUUAUCAUCUACUUUUAUUUCUCUUGUGCAUCUGAURGAAAUAAAGUCCUGAAUCUUCCUAAACUGUGGAAAAUCUCAGCAGCAGCAAARGUCAGGCCUCUGGCUAAAUGACCCAAACGUUUCCACAACUUUUAAUCCUAGUUGCAGUCGGUCUUUCGGACCUCCUUUCCUCUCAGUCCUUUUAGUUCGGACUCUGUGACCACGUCCACCUCAGGAACACAUAGACUUCCUGUGACUUCAGCUCGUUCUUUUCUAUCUGCAUGGCACAGAGUUUAAAACAUGAGUCUGUAUAAUAAAGUGCUUUUUUUUGUCUUGUGGGACUCAACAUUUAACACACCUCCCCUCCCCAGAUAUCUUGUUCUGCAUGUACGUCUCCAACAGACCCACAUCGGUGUUUGUGCCAUGACCCGGGCUCCAUCACAUCCUGUCUAACCUGCUGCCUUAUUGCCCAUUCAGUUUACACAACCUCACUUACUGUAACUGCUGGCUGUAAACCCUCCUUUAUUACUGUUGAAACUGUAAUCCGUUUAACACACUCCUGCAAGAAGCACAUGAAAUUAAAGUUCAAAUGCAGUUUGUGUGUGUGUGAGAGAGAGAGAGUGUGUAGGUGAAUCAGAAUUAUAGUUCAUUGCACUUUUGUCCCCAUGUUAACUGUACAUCCUAAGAGCUAAUAAACCUGUGAAAAAGGA